AUGUCAGAUGAAGUUCUCGGAAGAUCUGGACUACAUGUUGAUGCUUUCAAUAAACUUCGACUUAUCCAACCAGAACUGGCCGACUCGUCAGGUCAAUUACGCGAUGAAAUUAAAAGUUUUUCGGGUGAAAUUACAAAUUUUCAAACAGAAACUAAAGAAAUUAUUGAAGCACUAGCCAAUUGUGCCGAAGUAAUCAACCAGAUGAAGAUUGCUGCAAUAACUUCUCAGUACGCAAUCAAAAGUGAUGAGUCGAAGGCUACGUACGAUAUUCAACGACUAGAGAUAUUAAUUCGUGAACGCCAAAUCGAAUUAGAACGCCUCCACACAGAAUUAGAAGCCAUGAAACGCGAAGAAGAAGAGCAAAAAGAAUAUUUACAGAAACUGUUAUCCAACUCUUAA